CUUCUUUGUCUCUGUAGCUUGCAGAUAACGUAAAGAAGUACCAAGAAGGCCUCAAACAAGCGAAUUUAGCUAAGCUUAAAUCGGCCUUAGCAUUUUACAAGCUAUUACCGUCUUUCCGUUCAGCUUCUAAGGAUGACAUUAUCAAAAUUUUGCAAAACAAGAAAUUCAAACCUAUACAAGGCCAAAUUUUAGAUCUUAUUGCUGCUAGUUCUAAUGAAGAUUCAGUUAAGGCCACUUUUGAAUACUAUAAAGAUGUGACGGACUAUGAUGAAAUGCUGGAACGUUUCUUGAUCAGUUUAUCUAUUAUUCCAAGACCAAAAGAGUAUAUCAUGGAAGAAAUUAAGAACUUCCUAGAGAGCAAAAAACGUGAUGAAAAAAUCCGUGCCACGUUAAUUACAACAUUAGGAGCAGUUUUGAAGACAUAUGGGAUGCGUUAUGACAUAGCAAAUAAUCAGGUUUUGGAAGACUAUAGAACUUAUCUGGAGAAGAAUUUGGGUGAAUGCAAGGACCAAAGUUGCAUCAUAACUGCUCUCAGAGGACUCAGAAAUGCAGGUUUUGUUCGAUCUAUUCCGUUAUUGUUAGAUUACGCGCAGAAGGGAGGAAAACCUGCAUUAGAAGCUGUCUUAACAAUUAGGAGCAUUAAUGAUCCUGAACAGAUUCAUUUGAAAUCAUCUGAAUCAGAAAAAAAGCUUCUAAACGUAUUUCUUCAAGUAGGAAAUAAGCAAGAUCGUUCGACGCGAUCGAUCGCAGCUGAAAUUCUGUUCGAUCUUAAGCCUAAAACAGAAGUUCUGAAAGGAAUACUAAGCGCACUAUCUGAUCAAAGUGAUCCAGAAUUUGCAACAUUUCUUGCUGCUAAGAUCUUCAAAAAAGCUGAUGAAGACAACGAAUUCAAGUCCAGAAUUUUCAAGUUAUUACCUGAAAAGUACAUAUCCUUCUAUUACUCCACUUCGCAAAAAGGCUCGUCUUCACUUUUUAAGAAACCUCUGAUUAAUUCUGGAGAUAUGAACAUAUCUUAUGGCAUACAGAUGGAAAUGUUAGAAGGCAAUCUUUUAAAACGAAGUGUGUUUAAUGUUAACUUCGAAGCACCUGAGGUGUCUAAUCUUUUAACUGUAGGGAUGUUUGGAGAAGGUUUAGCAUCUCUGGCUGGUGGAGAAGAGGAAGAGGGAGCUACUUUACACGCUGGAAUGGAACUAACGCUUCUUGGAUCCUCCCUUAGGCCUUACAUAUUUUUUACAGGUACAUCAGAACUGAUGGGACAUGCUUGGUCGGGUACCGCGAGCACACCUACGCCGGCAUUACAGGUUUCAUAAAAUUACUUUGAUUUUAUAUAAUUAGAAUGAGAUUAGUUUGUAAAAAGAGAGUGUAUUUUAAAAAUGAAUACAGAGAAAUUUUGCAAUGAA